AUGCAGCCCUCCAAGGCUAACGUUGCGGAUUUCCUGGCCUUUGUGCCUGGGGUUGAUGCGGGGACUGCCUUUCUGUUCCUCGAGAAUGCGAAUUCCGUAAAUGACGCCGUGAAUCAAUACUAUGAUAAUCCGCAUAAAUAUGCCCGUCGUCCACCGUCCUCGAUGUCGUCGUUGCGAAGCCCGAUUACCCCAGUGAGCCCGACCUUCACGGCGAUGACCCGCAACUCGAGCAGUCCCACGGCGGAGCCGACCAGACUGGCCAGUUCCCCGCCGUUAUACCCGUCGCCACCUUCGUCGACGGUAAGUGGGAGUGUGAAUGGAUCGCAGCCCAAGGCACAUACGAAUACAGUGAUCGAGGCCGCGAGGCUUCGAGCCCGGGAUGAGCAGGAGAUGCAGAACAUGCUGCAGGCUGUCCAGCUGUCCCUCCAGAUCUACAACCCCGAGAUCGAGCCCGAGCGGGAGUGCGGGUACCCAUGCAACUGCCUCAUCCACAAGUAUGUUCAACGGAAGAUGGAACGCCUCCAUGUUCAAGAUGUAUGGUCGAAAGCAGUGAUGUACCCGGGUGAGAAGCACUACCAUGACUGCACUCAGGUACGCCUGUUCAACAACAAUCCGUACCAGAGUGUCGUCUCUCCGUACGGGUUCAGUGGUUCGUCUUUCUAUGGAAUACAACGACCCGAUCCGCAGUACCACGCCAAGUUCGUUCAUCAAACGAUCCAUACGAAUGACUCGCUCAAUGCCAAGGCGCGGGCUGCUAUUGACGCGAUGGAGCCGUCCUUUAAUAUCUGGGAAGUCGAUCAACUUCAAUCUUCAAUGUCGAACAUUGGCAUCGGUCCAUCAAAGAAGGGUGAUCAUAGCGGUGAGAAAUCUAAGCGUUCAACCUUGAAGAAGGCGCUUUCUAUCCGAUCUUCGGAGGAGAAAGUCGCUUCUAAGACAUCGAAGAUCUUCUCCGAGGCACGCGAGCUUUGCGAUUCCAUUCUGAGAGAGGAGAACGGGAGGUGGCCAGAGCCAGAAGACCGCCAGAUUGUCACUGCAUACCAAGAACAGGUCGGAUUGACGCAGAAAAUUGCCGAACUUCGGACUCGAUGUCCUCUGCAAUAUCUGCACUUGCUCAAGGCCGGCUAUUUCGAGCCUAUUCCAAUAGCCUGGGCUCGGCAAGCUUCCAAUCCACUGAAAUUCACCAUCGACGCCGCUGCCGGGUGGCGGGGCAUCACACCUGCUUGGAGAGGGUACGAGGAUACUGCAGAGGAACGUUUGUAUUGGGUAUUGAACCACAGAUUGGGAGAUACCCCCGCAAAACUGAAGCCCGAUCCAAUAUCUGCGCUGGAAUUAGCCCGCGCAAGAAUGGCACUGGCAGUCGAGCCCCCGCCGAUAUACUAUGCGGCUGAUGAUACUUGUCAUGUUCAACAUACAUCCCAGGGAUACUCGAGACAAGUCAUGCCCCCUCCAUUCCGGCCUUUCGAUGCGCCCCAUCAGCCGACAGAUGACACCAUGAUCCUACUGGAUGUGUCGGGCUCCAUGGAUUUCCAGCCGCGACGGCCAGAGUAUAAUCAAUUUCUAAUCACAGGGUUCACAAGGUCUCCCCAGCCAAAGAAUAAGGAUCUCGCCCAGGCAGUCAUCCGUCGCUUCACCGACGCAAUGUCCAACCACGACCACAACUGGUCCGGCUACGAACUCACCACAUUCUCCAGCCAAGCCGAAUACAUCGGUGUAAUAAACCACUGGAACUUUGAAGAAAUGUGGCGAACCAUCCAAUUCGGCGGCCGAACACGAGUAAUGACAGGCUGGCAAAGCAUCAAAGAGCAACAUUUCCAAAAACACGCCGCCACAGCAACCCACCACCCCACCUACGGCUGGCAAGCCGGCCCUGAAACCCCAAUCCUCCGGCUCCUCCUUCUCCUCGACGGCGAAGCCUCAGAUAUGGACGAAUUCGAACUCGACCUCCUCAGUCUACCCUGGGUCCACGUCACCAUCUUCCUAAUCGGAGUAGACGGGUGUCCGCAUCACCACAGACACGCCAACGAACUCCAACGCAUUAGCGAGGUCAACCCGCACGUUUCCUUCGUCGAUGCGCAGGGCAAUACGCCGGAGCGAUUCAUUACGCACGAGUUACUUAAGCGUCACCUGGGUUAUGAGCUGUCGAUGACCGAGUUCGAGGAGCUUGAGCAUGCGCCUGGUGAACCGCGCCGUGUCGAGUUGCCGGCUAGAGAGCCGCCACCGCCGAAUUUGCCGGAGCUUGAACAACCACCGCCACCGUUGCCUGUGGAAUUACCGGCUGAUGCGGCUGUGUUCCCGUCGAGGUUGUCUAUGGAGCAGCCGCCUCCUUAUUCUGCGACUGCGUGA